UACUGAAGUAAUUUGGCUGAAAUUUGGAAUGGAAAUAGAUUUUACUCUGGAUUAACAUAUAGGAAAAAUACAUAGUUCCCGCGGGAUUUGUGAAAAACUGAAUUCCACGCGAAAGAAGUUGCGGGCGUCCGCUAGUAAUACCUAAACUACAAGGAAUCAAAGAGGUGAAAAUGUGGUCGAAACAACUCACGGACGUGUAUCGGGAAAAACUUUCAAGACCAUGUUUCAAAAGAAAAGUUACCAUGCAUUUAUGGGGAUACCGUUUGCAGCACCUCCUAUAAAGGACUUGAGAUUUCUGGCACCACAAAAAAUAGAGCCAUGGGACGGUGUGUUAUCAGCAACAAAAAUUAAACCAGCAUGUAUACAAUACAAUACAGUAACUCAUAAAGGCAAACCCUUUGGGUUAUACGGUAAAGAAGACUGCCUAUACCUUGACAUAUUCGCACCAGACUUAAAUGACAACAAAAAGCCAGUAGUAGUGUUUAUUUAUAGCGAUCGCUUCCAAACCUCCUACAAUAAAACAAAAGAUUAUGCACCAGACUUCUUUAUAGAAGAAGACAUAAUUGUUGUUACCAUAAGUCACCGACUCUCUAUAUUUGGUUUUCUUUCCUUCGAGAAUAAAAACACACCCGGGAACGCUGGUCUAAAGGACAUAGUUGCAGGAUUAGAAUGGAUCUCAAAAAAUAUAAGGAACUUUGGAGGCGAUCCCGAAAAAGUCACUUUAUUAGGCUCUCAAGCAGGCGGUGUUGCUGUGGAUUUGCUAAUACGGUCAAAAGCACAUAAACUAUUCCGUUCAGCCAUCCUCCAGAGCGGCACGGCUUUAAGCCCCACUUUCUUGCAAGAAAAUGUUCGAGAAAGAGCAUUCAAAAUGGGGAAAUUGCUAGAAAUACCCACUACUAACGAUGAUAAGCUUCUACAGGAACUAAAUGAAGUGCCCGCCUGGAAAUUAUUAGACGAAGAACUGCGAACAGUGCCAGAUGACUAUUAUAAAGAAAACCAGAAAGGAAUACUAGCAUUCGGUCCUAUAGUCGAGAAAGAUUCGGAUGGCCUCGUAACCGAAUAUCCGGAAAAUUCAUCCGAGAAUGUAAACAUUCCUAUUAUGAUCGGGCUUAACUCCCGCGAGGGUUUCGCUGCCGCACUGAGAUUCCUUAUGGAACCGCAUUGGCUUAAAAUGGUUGAUAAAGAUUUUACCUUUUUAAUGCCUUUGCGUAUGAAUUUUCAAUUCGAUCCUUUACAUGACGCCUACUACGAGGCGAUAGACGAAUUAAAGAAAUUUUAUUUCAAAGGCAACGUGACUGUAAAAAGUGCACCAGAAUACAUGACUUACAUUGGGGAUAUAAAAGCGUACGGUAUAGACAAAGCUGUACAAAUGUACUCUAACAUAUCUUCAAGUCCUGUGUAUUAUUAUUACUUCGAUUACUUCAGUGAUUUGAAUGAGAAUAAGGUGAACUUUUUGAAAAUGGCAAAGGCUGAAGAAGGUACAUGGGGAGCCGCCACGGGAGACGAACUAUGCUAUUUAUUCAGAUGCCCGAAUCUCAAUGAGCAAUAUAUUAAGUAUCAAAGUACAGACUCGGAGGAGCAGAAAAUGCUAAUGAAAUUGAUAAAAAUGUGGGCAAACUUCAUAAAAUACGGGAAUCCAACCCCCCACGAGGAUAAUCCAUUGGGUGACAUCAAAUGGCCUGCAUAUGAUUUGAAAUCCAAGCAGUAUCUGCAUAUUGACAAAAUUAUUAAAGUAGAGAAGGAUUUAUGGAAGUACAGGUUCAACUUUUGGGAUCAGUUUUUAAAAAAGUGGGAAAAACGAGCUGAGCUUGGGCUAAUUUCUAAGAAGGGUGAUGAAAUUAAAAACGAUGAACUUUAA